CACACAGCGCUCUCAAACGUCGGACAGCGGCUGGCUGCAGCGUUACCAUGGUAACAUCAUCCGGUGCUCUUUGCUCCUCAUGGAGACACAUCCUCGAGCUGCCACGCUGAUUGGAUGAGCGUGCCUUGGAUGUCACCGGGGCAACCGAAUGAUGGCGAGUUUAACACAUGAACGGAAAUGACUGCGUCAUUCUACUGGCUGCCUGCGUCUGACAGCCGCACAAUCCCGGCUGAGGUCUGAAGCGAGGGGAUGCUGCUAUUGGGCGACGCGCGCAUCUUUCUCCAGGAGGGGGAGGGCCCCAGAUCUCCACCGCGGUACGGGAGCCGAGUGGGGACCGGGUGGUUUUCGCAGCAGCGCUGGGUCUCCGCCCGAGAGAGCACAGCGGCGGGGGUUGUGUUGGUCAACGAAGACGGAGCCAAGACGUGCGAGAGAUGGUGAAAAAGAAACAAAGAGACGCAAGUUUUUGCACUAAGCUUCGAUUACGCACAUGCUCGUUGACCUCACGGCAGGCUGCUUGCAGGCUUCGUUUUCGCUCCCGCAACCCAUACUAGGUAAAUCUGGAACAUUGCAUCACUGGGAUGCAGGCACGGUCGACCCUGUCUGGUCUGCGUGGGGGGAAACCCUACAAUGAAACCCGUCUCAGGGCACCGAGGCUUUGUGCUCUGCUGUAGCCCAGCAGCGGCGAGCCAAGAUUGAAUUAUUGACACCCGUUCAACAUGGGACACGAAUGGUGAACGUGAUUCGGCAUCAUCGUUUUAUUAAUGCGAUUUCAAUGUGGCGCGGAGAUUGAGACCUUCCGAGCAUCUCUUGAUUAAACCCCCGGCAGCCAGGGCGCGAUGCGGGAGUAUAAAGUAGUGGUCCUGGGCAGCGGUGGGGUCGGGAAAUCCGCCCUCACGGUGCAGUUCGUCACCGGGACCUUCAUCGAGAAGUACGACCCCACCAUAGAGGACUUCUACCGCAAGGAGAUCGAGGUGGACUCGUCGCCCUCGGUGCUGGAGAUCCUGGACACCGCCGGGACGGAGCAGUUCGCCUCCAUGCGGGACCUCUACAUCAAGAACGGCCAGGGCUUCAUCCUGGUGUACAGCCUCGUCAACCAGCAGAGCUUCCAGGACAUCAAACCCAUGAGGGACCAGAUCAUCCGAGUGAAACGGUACGAGAAGGUGCCGGUGAUCCUGGUGGGGAACAAGGUGGACCUGGAGAGUGAGCGGGAGGUGUCGGCCAGCGAGGGGCAGGCCCUGGCCGAGGACUGGGGCUGCCCCUUCAUGGAGACCUCGGCCAAGAGCAAGACCAUGGUGGACGAGCUGUUCGCCGAGAUCGUGCGGCAGAUGGACUACGCAGCCCAGCCGGACAAGGACGACCCCUGCUGCUCCUCCUGCAAUAUACAAUAGCCCCCCCCCCCUCUCUCACACACACACACACACACACACACACACACACACACACACACACACACACACACACACACACACACACACACACACACACA